AGACCGAAGAGUUCCGAAUGUUGCCGAAGGUUGACAGCGCGGCUCACCAGCACCGUACAAAGCUUGGGCAAAACGGAUGUGUUUUUUUCAUUCUCUUGCAAGUUUCCAAACGUGGUGAGAGUCGCGCAUCCAUUUGCUUUGCUGAAGAAAAUCCGGAAAAAGCCAACUAACCGCACACAAAUAUGACCGACGAAUACUUUUACGGAGCAACUCUCAAGGAGGGCAGCAAAACAGUGACCUGGGACCCGGACAACAAGCCGGAGGGUUACCCGCGGACGAACAAGCUGGUCAUCAAACAGUGCCUCCUGGGCCAUGAGGCAGCCGCGGACGAGUUCAACGUGGUGCAGGUGGAGACGAUGACCAUAAGGGACACGCUCCGCAUACCGAUCGCCGUGCUGAAGGUGGGCGAACUGCGACAGUGCCGCAUGGAUUUGGAGUUCUCCGACGCGCCCGUCACGUUCACGUUGGUCGAGGGCAAGGGACCGGUGCACAUCCACGGGCUGCAUCUGCUCGGUUCGCUGGUGGAGGAGUUCGAGGAUAUGGAGGAGAUGGAGGAGGAAGUGCUUGACGAGGAGGAGGCCGACGAGGACGAGGAUGAGGACGGUGCGUCACAGAAGAAGAAGCCAAAACUGACCAACAACUCCAAGGGCAAGCCGGGCGCAGCGGCCGGCGGUCCCGCCGGUAAUGACAAAAACCGAAAGAGGAAAUAAACGGGACACGUUCCGUGCACCGGCCAUCAGCCUCUGUGAUUGCUGUUGCAGAAGCAGAAGCAAAGUCGGCCGCCACAACGUGUCAUCAUUCCUCACCACAAAUUAAAUAUAUGUAUUACAAAAAAAAAAACACAAACACACACUGACAACAAAACUAAAAUCCAAACCACCAUCACCAACUAAAAAGCCACGUCUAUCUGCAAGUCAGCGCCAAAACAGCAACAUCAAAAGAGGAGGAGCGAAAGGUGAACGAGCAGGGAAUUAUUACGCGUAAUUCCCGCCGUAGUUCAUGAGCUACAUGAAUCCUCUUACCUCGCGCGCACCUGGUAUCACCGUUCCCUGUUGGUUUCGUCGGAUUUGAAGACGAAAGUGCGUGCAAAUUCCCUUCUAAACUAAACAAUCUUAUAAUAAUUACACGGACAAAGCAGAGAGGAUCCGCGCAAACCAUUAGUUGCUGCAGAAGAGAUACGCCCGGCGCCCGAUCCUACCGUGGCGUCUACCAAUUGACAUAAUACCAAUAAUAUCAAGAAUUUAAGCCCCGGGGGACUUCUGUUGGGG